AUGGCGCAUUCACGAGGGAAUUUGGUCACAGCCUUGAUUUUAUUCACAUUACAAAUUGCCACGCCGGCGAAAAAUAAUGCCAGACCUGUCUACGAAGUAAUAAAUGAACAAGCUAGAAUGGAUGACAUACGAUUGUCUAGCGCUCCUGCUAUUCUUCCUUACGGCAAUCCUUUAGCUGGUAAUUCUGCGCAAAAUGCAAGACUACAUGCUAGCAACCAGCAAGCUAUGUUCAACGCAGAAAGAAUACGGCAACAUAAAGCACAACUUCAAAGACUAACUCAAGGUCCACCACUAAUAGAUAGCUAUAUGAAAGCCUAUCAUGAGUCACAAGAAAGUCAUCAACAAGCAUUAGAAGAACAACAAGCUACAGUACAAGACGUAGAAACAACAACUCCAGUAACAAGCCAUAGAAUUAGAAGUAGGCCUUCACAAAAUAGGCAAAGAACGAGUGGAAUUCAGAAACAAGAAUUUAAAAGCAGGACAAUAAGUAUAGAGCCAGAAAAACUAACUAGAGGUGUUAACGAGAGAAGUAGAAACCAUAGAUCGUAUAGCUCUAUAGAAUAUGAACAAUACUUACAAUCGAAACUUCCACUAGCUUAUUUGACAGCUACCGGUCUGGAUCAAGGUGUAACCAUAAAAUCAAAUGGAAAUGCUGGAAUAACAAAAGAACAAAAUAAAGAGUCGAAUAACCUAUAUGCAACAGCUAUAUCUAGCCCAAGUAAAUAUCUACCAAAAGCCUAUCAAUCUGUGAAAGAAAUAAAUGCACUAGAAUCGAUACUUAGAAAAGAACCUACCGAUCAAUUAACUGAAUUACAAACAUUGCUUAAUGCAGACAAAAGUCACGAUAACUUUCAAUAUUCAUUAAAAGAUCCAUCUGAGUACCACGAUCCCAAAAGUUACAAUGAUGCAUUUGAGCAGAUUCCAAGCACAUAUGCCAGUGCUUAUACUGUAAAAGAUCACACUCCUAUUACAGAAGAAAUUGAUGAUAUCGCAAACCCUACGCCAUACCAAAAUACCUUUGUGAUACCUCAAGUAACUACUAUAGCACCUCUAUCUACGGUCACUAAGAGUUAUUACAAAAUUGAAGUAGCUAGUCAAACUAUUGGUAGCCCUUUAAACCCCAACAAGAUCAAUGAAGAAUUAACUCUUAAUCAAGAUGAAGAUAGUAGUCAUGAAAAUAUUGGUGAUAGCUAUAUUAAUUACCCUGACGGUAUUCAACAUUUAGCAGAAGAUGGGACCGGUGUAUCAGCAUAUGGUGAUGAAAAUGUAAGUAAUAAAUUAAGGUUUAAAAGAUCUGAACUGGACACUGAGCCUUUCCUUGUACCUGUAUCUAAUGAAACAAUAACUGAAACACAAACUCCUUCAAAUACCACUGACAACCCUGUUGCUGAAUCUUUGCGACGUCCAUUUCACAAAAAACGUAAUGAUUUUGAUAUUUUCUUAACACCUGACUUCCAAAUCGGUGAAGCGUCAGAGUACGAUUACGACGAGACUCCGAAACGCCGUCCUACUCCAAAAUAUGAAUCGUUUUAUGGUGAUGAUGAUUAUUAUGAUGAUUUUGACAAUGAGUAUGAUGAACCAAGGCCUAUCAGCCUAGCAGAACAGCCAUUGCAAAAUACUCAUGCCUCUUACCCAAGUGGCAUAAAGGGAAGCUUCUCACAUAGAUAUGGAGAAUUUAGACGCCCAAGCCCUGGUCCUGUCUAUGGCCUUCCUCCAACUACAUCUUACGGUGUCCCCUCUCUUUAUGAACCACAGACAUUCAAUCCUUCGCCGUACAUAACACCAGUCAAUUCGCUAUUACCAAAUGUGUUGGAGCCGGUUUACAUGUUGACACAGUCGCAAUUAAGACAAUUAAUUGGCCAACCAAACCUUAAUAUUGAACAUUUAGAUGUAUAUCAAGUUUCUAAAGGUAAAAAGAAAGUGCAUUACCCCCGGAAAUUUAGGAAACGGUAUCCGUACAAACAAAGAAACGUUAGAAAUAAAUUACACAAACUACACAAGUUGAAAUUAUUGCACUACGCAGCGAACUACGAGUUUGGUUAUAGGGUAAGGGACCCAGCCAGUGGUAAUUACUUCGGCCAAUACGAAACAAAGGCAGGCGAAAAAACCAGUGGGCAUUAUCAUGUAUUGCUUCCCGAUGGAAGAAUGCAAAAGGUGCAGUACUCCGCGGGACCCAGCGGAUACCACGCAGACAUAAGUUACGAUCACUUGGCAAGCUAA